AUGGAGACCAAAGUCAAAAAGAGGGAACGGUGGAGCAAGAAAAGGGAAUAUAUCCUGGCAGCAGCUGGCAAUGUCGUGGGCCUGGGCAAUGUGUGGAGAUUCCCCUACCUGUGCUACAAGAACGGAGGAGGUGCCUUCCUGUUGCCUUACUGCUUCUUUGCCUUCCUGUGUGGCGUGCCACUCUUCCUGCUGGAGACUGUGAUUGGUCAGUAUACACAGGAGGGCUGUGUCACCUGCUGGACAAAGCUCUGCCCGCUUGCACAAGGGACUGGAUAUUCUAUCAUUGUUAUCCAGCUUUAUUCCAGGUUCUACAGUAUUAUCCUGGCCUGGGCACUCCUCUACCUCAUCUCUAGUUUCAGAGACCCUCUGCCCUGGGCCACAUGCAACAAUCCCUGGAGGGUGGUUUUAGGCCCCACCACAGCACUGAGACAGCUCUGA